GUGCCGCGACGGCCCAGGCCAGACGCCAGUACUCCGCGCGCGCCCUACGCGAGCGGCCGCACAGUGAGCCCACGUCGCGCUUCUCUAAUCAAAUUUCGAACUACGUACGCCACCGGACACUUUCCUUUGACGCCUAACGGCCCCUUCAUUCCUGUACCUACUCGAAUGGACAUGUGACAACUUGUGCAGUGAGUGCGAGUUUGAAUCAAAAUGGCUGCGGCCAUGAUAGCCGAUAGAGGACUUCGAAAGAAGUUGACACAAGAAGCGAUUCCUGAGAAAACGCCGAGGAAGCCAUCUAAGCGUAAAUCAACAGCGAGUAGUUCAAAGAGCGUUAAGAAGAACGAACAGAAUAACAACAAAAGACCGAAGAUCCAGACUGGAGAUCCGAAAUUGGAUUUGUUUUCGACGUAUCAGCCUUGGGUCAUACAAACUUACGGUGAUCUGGCGAAAACGAAGACAAUAACUUUGAAAAAGUAUGCUAGAAUCCUGCGCACGCUUCGCGGCGAGGAAUGCAACAGUUCUGACAGUUCCAAAUUCCGAUUUUGGGUCAAAGCUAAAGGUUUCCAUAUAGGACAACCGGCUGGUUAUGAUGCAAAGGCCGCCGAUGGUAUCGUGUGCAGGUACAGCGUGCAGGAUGCAGAAGGCUGUCCCAGAGGUCCAGAUGGUCAGGAAAUAUACACUGGAUCCCAAAACGACUUGCCUCUCUACAUACCGACUCCUCCGUUAAAGAAUGCACCCUCGCAAGAUAUAGUAUACAGAAAGGUGGCAAUAGUAGAAAAUUUCUUCGACAUUAUUUACACGGUGCAUGUGGAGUUGGAAGGGCGGCCAGGAAAACAUGCGGGACAAAAACGAACUUAUAGGACAAUCACUGAAACGUACGCGUUCCUUCCCCGAGAGGCAGUCACGAGAUUCUUGACGGGAUGCGCAGAAUGCGCUCGACGCCCGCGCAGUGCUUCCCCUCCACCACUCCCCACCCCCUCUCCUUCACCCACCAGACAUCCAACCUACCUUUCAUUCUUACCUCACUGCGCACCAGAUUACACGCGGAAUUGGGAAUCUGAAAUUGACGCAGCACAUUCCAACUAUCCUUAUGAACCAAAAUACGACUACACAGACUUACAACCAUUAAAAAAAAUUGAAAGCCCAAAAACAGCUGAUGCUGAAGAACCAGAACCCACUUACAUAGAACUAACCUCAAAAAAAGUUAACGGCUUUGACGCUGCCUUUAGUAGAAGUUCUCCCGUUGACCAGGCGUUCAGAGAAGACGAGCCAGUCAGAACUGAACCAGAAAUAGACAAGGACGACAAUAGCCUUAUAGAUGUUGAAGAUGUCAUAUCUGAUAGUCCACCCCCUUUGAUAUCACAUAGACCUAAGUUGGAUGUUAAGAUUAAACAGGAACCUAGUAGCGAAAGCGCUAAGUGGUCAGAAAAUGCAGGAGUUAAAGAGAAAAAGACUGAGGUUAGAGAGAGGAAAUACAAUCCUUUGGAUGUUGCGAAUUUGACGUCGAAAGAUCCGCCGAAAUCUCGGUCACCUCCUAGGAAAAAGUUGUUGCCUACUAGUUUGGAGUACACCAAUGGUUUAGAAAGGUUUCCUAAACCAUGGAGACCAGAUGGAGGGGUGUACUAUGGCGGAGACGAGAUGGACUACAGCGUGCCUAUAACGACGGCCUAUUUGAAGCAUAUGAGGAGUAUGGCGUACCAGGAACGCAUGGAUAUGGAGAACAAGGAUAAUUUGACUCCAGAACCAUCUGAUAUGAACGACGAUGACAAUUUUUCUAGUCAGGCCUUCGUGAAAGAUGCUGAGAAGUUGAAAAUGAUGUUGCUUGCAUGGAAUUACCACAGCCAGCCGCAAGGCCGCAACGGCGACAUAACAGAGACCGGAGCAGACAGCAUGGCGGACCUCUGGGCUUCGUACCACAGCGCCCUAGGGCUGGGAAGCAAGCCUCCCAAACCCCCGACCCCAUUGGCCACAGGCCACUCGAGUCCAAUCCACAUCGGCUCAGCGACGCCUGUCGAGCCGGCGUCAACGCAUGACGAGACAUCAUCAUCAGAUCGCACUAAAGAUGAUGAUGAUGGCGGAGCGUCAGAUGAUGACAGUGAUGACAGAGUGGAUCCGCAGCAUCACGAUCCCGAGAGGCUCAAAGCUUUUAAUAUGUUCGUGCGUCUAUUCGUAGACGAGAAUCUUGAUCGAAUAGUUCCUAUAUCGAAGCAGCCUAAGGAGAAAAUACAGGCGAUCAUAGAUUCCUGUACCAGGCAGUUUCCGGAGUUCGCCGAGCGAGCCAGGAAGAGAAUAAGGACUUAUUUGAAGAGCUGCAGGAGGAAUAAGAAAGUGCGCGGCGAGGGUCCAACCAUUGGGAACGGAGGGAGCACGCCGGCCGGCAGUUGGGAUACAGCGGUGCGGCCGACGCCGGCGCACCUCACUUCGGUGCAAGCGGAACACAUUCUGGCGCAGGCUUGCGAGAACGAGAGCUUGAAUGCGAAGCGCAUGCGCCUGGGACUCGACCCUGUCAGCCAGCCGAUGCCCACCGUGCCCACGCCUAUGGCCAUAGACACAACAGCCACAUCAGCGGUCGCCUCGUCAUUCCUCAGCUUGUACAGUGGCGCUAUAAGCAGCCCAGCUUCCACUCUGACCACUACCAGUACUACAUCGCUGUCCACUGCUGGGCAUAGCAAGGCAGCUGCAGACACUACCAGGCCUUCAGCCAGCCCCACUAUGGAGAAUCCGUUGCUGAAUAAUAACAGCUUGAAGAUCGAUAAUGCUAAUGGGAACGCUGGAAGUAAAACUGCUAGCCCUGCGUCAUCGCCAGCACCUCUGUUCCGGCCAUCAUUCCCCAACACAUUUGGGACACCGCAGACUUUUGGAAGAGCAAGCUCAAGUACGAAUCCAGCCACUUCAGCGCUGUCAAGCAGUGCGCUGCUUUCAACAUUAUCUGCUUUACCACCAACAGGUGUGAACGCGGCAAUGGCGGCGUACCAGAGCGCGCUGCUGUCGGCUAUGGCUGCUCACACUCACACAUUUCCGACAGGGCUUUCAGCACCCACAGACCUGUCGCUAAAGAACACAUCAAAUCCGGCUCAAAUUCACUCGACUUCUGCCGCGUCGACUCUGUCCAGCGCAGUGGCGUCGUCGCAAACUAAAUCAUCUCUGCUUUCCCACAAAUUAUCAGGAGCCGAAGUCGGAGCAGUGAGGCAACUCAUCACUGGAUACCGCGAAUCAGCCGCUUUCCUUCUACGUUCAGCAGAUGAAUUGGAAACACUACUCUUGAACCAGGCCUAGGAUUUACCCAAAUUGUCCUUAUCGAACAUAUUCGGAUUUAAAUUCGGAUAUUUUUAACUUUUAAAAAUCAAAUUCGAUGAGUGAUUACAAAGGGCUUAAAGAAAUGCCUUUAAAAAAUUAUUUGAUUGAGAAUUGAAUAGUGUGGAUCAGGUGUAUGUUUUCAUUUACGUAGACGACAUUGUGGUUUAUUCGAAUAAUUGCAAAAAUAUUUGUCGGUUACAAUAAGUGUUUGCGAAUUGAUAAUACUUUAACUUUUCAACAUUCCUCAUAUCUUAUUGAUGAUUACAUUGUUUCCAAAUAAUACAAUAGGUGGAUAAUCAAUAGUCCGAUAUGCUUAUACGUCUAAUUAACUAUUACAGUAAUAAUAGCACUUUGUUUUUACUAGUUCGUCUUGAUAUACUAUUAUGUAACUAUUAGCCUUCAAAAGGUGUGUUGGUGUAUCACUUUCGGGAUAAAUUGUAGUGGAAUAAAUCUCGAUACUUCAUUGGUGAUUUGGCAGUACUGUUCUUAAAUGUUUUAAAGUAUGGUGCUUGUUUGUGCAUUAGCAGUAUUGCUAAUUCACCAAAUGAAUUUCUUGUCCAAGCUAUAUUAGUAGAACGAGUUGUUUCUCUCGUAAGUCCAAUAAAAAGUCUAUUUCGGCGAUCAUACAAAGCUGCCAUAUUGUAAAAUACGUGUUGCCAUUCGAAACUCGUUGGAAGAGUACAAAAUUAUUUUUGUGUAUAAUUAGAAUUUAAGAGAAAAAAAUCAGGGAGAUUUUAGUCUAUAGGUUAAAAUUCCAUUUCUUGCCUGGUGCGAUGAUUUUAGAUUAGAGAAUUAAAGUCUUACCAUUGCCACAGUGGCAUCGCUUGAAAUGAAUGGAUAAGUAAGGUUGAAUUCGUGUCAUAGUUAUUAUUUUAAAUAAACUACUUAGAGUAAAUAAAGGUUUAACAAAAUAUUUGCAAUAGUAAUAUUUGAAUCAUCUUAAUUAGCGAAUUAUUUGAAAUUACAGCGCCACUGGGUUUUGGUACGGCCUUGAUAAAAUUCAUUGCUUGAUUGAAGCGGCCAAGUGUGGAGUUAUCUUCGUUUUGGAGAAGAAAUACACCUUUCAUUAUGAGAUAAAUUGUGACAGAGUCUAAAAUAGGUUCUAAAGUGGCAUUUUAGAUUAAGAGGCACGAAUUUAUUUGUUGUUUUGUAAAAUAAUGCUGUAGUUGUACUUAUAUUAAUAUAUUUCUAAUUUAUAUGUACUUAUUUUGAAAGAUCUAUUUCUAUGGACUGUAGUGAUUAUUUCGGAUUCGUCCAAUCAUUUUAUUUGUAUUCAAUGUUUACUUAAGUUUGUUUUUUUCCACUCUAUUAGAAUAAUUUCGGCUUUGCUCAGUACAAUAAAUGUUUCAUGUAUAUCUAUUUGUUACCAUAGAUUUUAUGGCCAAGUACUGUAGGUAGGUUGUAAUGUUAGUUACUGCUUAUUGUGUACAAAUAAGGUUCAAUUUACUAUAAAAACACAAUAUUUGAUCACAUUCACGAAAUAAAUUUCAGUCCAAUUGAUUUGAUAUCUGUUAUUUUUGUUUUUCUUGUUAAAUGUUAGUUUAUUUUAGUAUGUCGGCCAGUGUUAGUCGAGUCCAGAUUUUUUGCAACUACAUUAGUUUUAAGUUUUAACAACUUACUACGUAGAAUAAGUAAAUUGACAUAAACGCUUGUUGUGUUGCUACUUAUUUUACUACUCUGAUUAGUUUGACCAAUGUAGAUGCGUUUCGGUUUUUUAAACCAAUGACAAUGUGUUUAAUUUCCGAUCGUCAAAUCAGAGGUGACUUUUAUAAACUGCAAGAGCACUCUACAAUGGCCAAAUAUUUUCCGAGUCUGCAAUUAAAAUGUACUUUGAAACUUUUGCCAGUUUUACUCAAUAGUAUAACGCUUACAUGCCAGUUUAAAUUUUAAAUUAAAAUUGUAAAUUCACUUUUGAAUAUUAAAAUUGCCAAAGAAUCGAAUUGAUUUAUCUAUGUGUGUGGAAUUGCUGAUUAAGUAUUUAUCUUAUGGUUAUAAAUUUUAAUUUAGUUUAGUGUUUUUGGAGAAGUCAUUCCAAUAUUUUUCUAAAACAUCAUCGGUGCGAUGGGAAAUGAUGAGUCGCUGUAUAUGGAACAUGUAAAAAGUAUGUUUAGAGUAUUUUAAAAAAAGUUGAUUAGAAUAUGAGAAAGUUGAUGUUGGGAUAACGAAAAUAAACGAAAAUGAUGGAACUACGUUGAGAAAAUGAAUUUGUUAGACAUUAAAAUAUAUUAUUAUUAUAGAUGUAUAAAUGGUUUACAAUUAUUAUUAGUUUGAGAGAAAUACAAAAAUUGAGAAAAAUACAAAAUGGCGAUUGUUACUAUUAACGAUAUGAGAAUUUAGUUAUAAUUUUGCAAUUUCAAAAUGUGAGUUUUACAAUUUUGAAAAAGAAAAUAAUUAAAUAUGCUCAUAUACAGAA